AGAUAAUGCUCGGAGGCCGUUUGUCCGAAAACUCAAUAUAAAACGGACGCUCGACAAAAUCCACUACACAUCGCUCACCCAAACCUGAGGUCGUGACAGUUUACGGUAACUAUGAAACUCUUACUUAUCUCUGCCCUGGUGGUCGUCGCCCUCUCUCAUCCUCUGGAAGUGUCCGAGGAAGAUCAUGCCCAAUGGGAACUGUUCAAGGUGGCCCACGAAAGAGAAUACGAUACACUAGAAGAAGAAGAGAACAGAAAGAAUAUUUUCCUUGGAAACCUGCAGUUUGUACGAGAGCACAAUAAAAAGUUUGAAAAUGGCGAAGUUUCUUUUGAUGUUGAAAUCAAUAAAUAUUCCGAUUUGACCACCGAGGAGUUCGUGACCAUGAUGAAUGGCUACAAGCGCCCAGAGGGACUUGAGAGGACUGGAGAUGCCUUCGACAACUCAGAGAACGUCAGGCUUCCUAAGAACGUGGACUGGAGGAAGAAAGGAGCUGUCACUGAAGUCAAGGACCAAGGAAUUUGUGGAUCUUGCUGGGCUUUCAGUGCUACUGGAAGUCUCGAGGGUCAACAUUACCUGAAGACUAAGAAGCUGGUGUCACUCAGUGAACAGAAUCUUAUGGACUGCUCAACUGCUGAAGGAAACAAAGGAUGUCGCGGUGGUCUCAUGGAUAACGCUUUCAUUUACGUGAAAAAGAACAAGGGCAUUGACACAGAGGCAUCUUACCCCUACGAGGGUAAAAGUGACACUUGCCGCUACGACCCCAAGAACAAGGGAGCCACCGACAAUGGAUAUGUUGACAUCACCUCAGGCAGCGAGAAGGCUCUGCAGAAGGCUGUGGCCACGGUUGGGCCGAUCUCAGUCGCCAUUGACGCUAACCACACGUCCUUUAAACACUACAAGAGUGGAGUGUACCAGAAUCCCGAUUGCUCUUCUUUAAUUCUGGACCACGGUGUUCUGGCUGUUGGAUACAGCUCAGCCAAGAAGGGCGGCGCCUACUGGCUGGUGAAGAACUCCUGGGGAAGUGACUGGGGCAUGAACGGCUACGUCAUGAUGGCUAGGAACCACAAUAACAUGUGCGGUAUUGCUACUGCCGCUAGCUAUCCCAAGGUUUAAUUAUUUCCUUUGUGUAAGACAUAUGGACGAGCUAUUAAACUUCCCUGAACAUUGA